CUCUUGACCCAGAGCCUGGUGCCAUGGAGGGUCAAAACCACUAUGUAGUAGUUGUGAAACCUCAGUUUCCUCCUCUGUAAAGUGGGAAUAACAACAGCAUCGACUCACGAGGUUGUACAGAGGAUUGAAUGAGUUAACAUGAGAAGUGCUUAGGCCUAGCCCGUGUCAGCCCAUGACUCUGUCUUCAUCUUGCCCCACGCUGCCCAUCCCUCCCCUGCCAGGCUGCCUCCGAGUGGGCUGCGCGCUUUGCCACCGGGAGCCCCCGCGUCUCCCCGUGGGCUCCAGACACACCACUCUGCCUUGGGACAGCCCUGAGGGUGUUGGAAGGCAGGGAAAUGUUCACCCCUUGGGGCCCUGGAGAGGGAGCAGAGCUGGGAGGGAGGGCCUAGCCGGCGCCUGGUACAUAGUAGGUGCUCCAUAAAUGUUUAUUGAAUGAAUGAAUGGAGGCCAUGCAGGCAGAGGCAGCCGCGCGUGCGCAGGCACUGGUGAAAGAGCGGGUCCAGUGGAGACUGGAACCAGGUGACAGAUGGGUCUCUUCCUUCCUGUCCCCGUCUCUCGCGCUCCCCCCUCAGAGCUCCGGUCUCCAGCCUCCUGUGGGAGUCGUCUGAAGUUCUGAGCCCAGAAUCCCAGGGGGAAGAGGAGGAGGAGGAGGGAGAGGAAGUCAAGCCUUGAGAGCCUGGACACCCUCCCGCAGGAGAGGAGCACCUCGGGGAAGCAGACUGUGGGGCCCGUAGCCCCCGUGGCCCUGGCCUGGCCGUGGCGCCCAACACCUGCGGGUAGCACCCCAGCAGCCCCCCGACAGUUGGCACUGGCUCUGCCUGCCUCGCUUGGGGCCCCCAAGCUGGGGGUCGCCCCCAAGAUGGUGGCGGCCCCAGGGAGGACUGUGCUGCCGGCCCCAGCCUCUGGCCGCUAGGCCACCUGCGCCCCGGCCCCCGACCCCGAGCCCGGCCUGUGAGGAGGCCGCGGCCGGAGCCAUGCUGCGCCUGGGGCUGUGCGCGGCCGCGCUGCUGUGCGUGUGCCGGCCGGGCGCCGUGCGCGCCGACUGCUGGCUCAUCGAGGGCGACAAGGGCUACGUGUGGCUGGCCAUCUGCAGCCAGAACCAGCCGCCCUACGAGACCAUCCCGCAGCACAUCAACAGCACCGUGCACGACCUGCGGCUCAAUGAGAACAAGCUCAAGGCUGUGCUCUACUCCUCGCUCAACCGCUUCGGGAACCUCACCGACCUCAACCUCACCAAGAACGAGAUCUCCUACAUCGAGGACGGUGCCUUCCUGGGCCAGUCGAGCCUGCAGGUGCUGCAGCUGGGCUACAACAAGCUUAGCAACCUGACCGAGGGCAUGCUGCGCGGCAUGGGCCGCCUGCAGUUCCUCUUCGUGCAGCACAACCUUAUCGAGGUGGUGACGCCCGCCGCCUUCUCCGAGUGCCCGAGCCUGAUCAGCAUCGACCUGUCCUCCAACCGCCUCAGCCGCCUCGACGGCGCCACCUUCGCCAGCCUGGCCAGCCUCAUGGUGUGCGAGCUGGCCGGCAACCCCUUCAACUGCGAGUGCGACCUCUUCGGCUUCCUGGCCUGGCUCGUGGUCUUCAACAAUGUCACCAAGAACUACGACCGCCUGCAGUGCGAGUCUCCGCGCGAGUUCGCCGGCUACCCGCUGCUGGUGCCCCGGCCCUACCACAGCCUCAACGCCAUCACCGUGCUGCAGGCCAAGUGCCGCAACGGCUCCCUGCCCGCCCGGCCCGCGAGCCACCCCACGCCCUACUCCACCGACGCGCAGAGGGAGCCCGACGAGAACUCGGGCUUCAACCCCGACGAGAUCCUUUCGGUGGAGCCACCGGCCUCGUCCACUACGGACGCCUCGGCGGGGCCGGCCAUCAAGCUGCACCACGUCACCUUCACCUCGGCCACCCUGGUGGUCAUCAUUCCGCACCCCUACAGCAAGAUGUACGUCCUGGUCCAGUACAACAACAGCUACUUCUCCGACGUCAUGACGCUCAAGAACAAGAAGGAGAUCGUGACGCUGGACAAGCUGCGGGCGCACACCGAGUACACCUUCUGUGUGACCUCGCUGCGCAACAGCCGCCGCUUCAACCACACCUGCCUGACCUUCACCACCAGGGACCCGGUCCCGGGUGACCUGGCACCCAGCACCUCCACCACCACUCAUUACAUCAUGACCAUCCUGGGCUGCCUCUUCGGCAUGGUCAUCGUGCUGGGAGCCGUCUACUACUGCCUGCGCAAGCGGCGCAUGCAGGAGGAGAAGCAGAAGUCGGUCAAGGUCAAGAAAACCAUCCUGGAGAUGCGCUACGGGGCCGACGUGGAUGCCGGCUCCGUCGUCCACGCCACCCAGAAGCUGGGCGAGCCCCCUGUGCUGCCCGUGUCCCGGAUGUCCUCCAUCCCCUCCAUGAUCGGGGAGAAGCCCACCACCUCCAAGGGGCUGGAAUCUGGGCUGGACACGCCCAAGGUGGCCACCAAGGGCAACUACAUCGAGGUGCGCACGGGCACGGGCGGCGACGGCCUGGCCCGGCCCGAGGAUGACCUCCCGGAGCUGGAGAAUGGCCAGGGCUCGGCCGCUGAGAUCUCCACCAUCGCCAAGGAGGUGGACAAGGUCAACCAGAUCAUUAACAAUUGCAUUGAUGCCCUCAAGUUGGACUCGGCCUCUUUCCUGGGGAGUGGCAGCGGUGGCGGGGACCCUGAGAUGGCCUUCGAAUGCCAGUCCCUCCCUGCGGCCUCUACCACCUCCUCGACUGCCACCCCUGGGGGGCUGGAGCGGCCUAGCUUCCUCUCACCUCCCUACAAGGAGAGUUCCCAUCACCCGCUGCAGCGCCAGCUGAGCGCCGAUGCCGCCGUGGCCCGCAAGACCUGCAGCGUCUCCUCCAGCGGCUCCAUCAAGAGCGCCAAGGUCUUCAGCCUGGACGUGCCGGAUCACCCGGCCGCCACGGGGCUGGCCAAGGGCGACUCCAAGUACAUCGAGAAGGGCAGCCCCCUAAACAGCCCGCUGGACCGGCUCCCGCUGGUGCCGGCAAGCAGCAGCGGGAGCAGCGGCGGCGGAGGCGUCCACCACCUGGAGGUGAAGCCCGCCUACCACUGCAGCGAGCACCGGCACAGCUUCCCGGCCCUGUACUACGAGGAGGGCACCGACAGCCUGAGCCAGCGUGUGUCCUUCCUCAAGCCGCUGACCCGCACCAAGCGGGACUCCACCUACUCGCAGCUCUCCCCCAGACACUACUACUCAGGUUAUUCCUCCAGCCCUGAGUACUCAUCCGAGAGCACGCACAAGAUCUGGGAGCGCUUCCGGCCCUACAAGAAGCACCACCGGGAGGAGGUGUACAUGGCCGCCGGCCACGCCCUGCGCAAGAAGGUCCAGUUCGCCAAGGACGAGGACCUGCACGACAUCCUCGAUUACUGGAAGGGGGUCUCGGCCCAGCAGAAGCUGUGA